AUGGUCGGCUACUACAUGCUCUACAUCAACAUCGUCGCCUACCGGAUGCUCUACAUCAACAUCGUCGACUACCGCAUGCUCUACUCCCACAUCACCGACUACAACAUCCUCUACAUCAACAUGGACGACACCUUCUACGUCAACAUCGUCGACUACAACCUCUACGACAUCAACAUUGCUAACGGCCACUGCUUCUACACCCACAUCAUUGACUACCGCAUCCUCUACAUCAACCUAUUCGCGGACGCCAUCCUCCAAGCCAACAUCGUCCACUACCACAUCUUCUACAUCAACAAUGCUGGCGACCACACCUUCUACACCCACAUCAGCGACUACCACAUCCUCUACACCAACAUGGACGACACCUUCCACGUCAACAUCGUCGACGACCACAUCUUCUACAACAACAAUGCCGGCGACCACACCUUCUACAUUUACAUCGGAUGCUUCGCAUCUGAAGCUGGUAUCCCUUCGUACAUUUACAUCAUCGACUACCACACCCUCUGCAUCAACCCGUUCGCCGACGACAUCUUCUACAUCAACAUCGUCGUCUACUACAUCCCCUAUGUCAACAAUGCCGGCGACCACACCUUCUACAUUUACAUCAUUGAGUACCACACCCUCUGCGUCAACCUGUUCGCCGAUGACAUCUUCUACAUCAACAUCGUCGUCUACUACAUCCUCUACGUCAACAAUGCUGGCGACCACACCUUCUAUGGCCACACCAUUGACUACCACAUGCUUUACAUCAUCAUGCUCGCCGACGACAUCGCUGCACAUCAACAUCUUUACUACCGAAUCCUGUGCAUCAUUGCUUUUGAUAGCCACAUCUUCUACAUCAGUGCCGGUCAUAUCUUGUACAUCGACAGGCUCGUCGACCGAAUCUUCACCAUCAACAUUACCAAUGACCACACCCUCUACAUCAGCAUCUUCAAUGAAGACAUCUUCUACGUCAACAUCAUCGACUACUACAGGAUCAACGCCGGCCUCACCCACCAAUACUUUCUACGACGAAACACCAUCUACGACUACAGCUUCUACAGCUUCAUCCUUCACGACUAUCGCUACGAGAGUAUUCGCGACAUCCACAUCCUUUACGACCACAUUGUUUACAGCGAUGGCCUCUACAACAACGUCCUGCGCAACGACGUCAUCUACAAGCACGUGCUUUACGACAAAGUCCACUACGGCCAGGUUCGCUACAGGUGCACGCUGCACUGCAACAUCUUUUACGACAGCGUCAUGUACCACAACACCUUCUACGACCACAUCCCGUGCAACCACGUUGUUUGCAGCGGCAGUCCCUGGGACGCUCCUCGCGCUCUCAUUUCUUGUGAUUACGACGUCUAUAGCAGCGCUCUUUCCGGGCGCGUCUUCUGCAACCACACCAUUGUUCCGGACGACAGUGACCUCGUCUACGGCCACACAGUCCUCGACGAAGAGCCCAACAACCACGUCUGUGAUCACAGCUUUCGCGGCAGCAGAGUGCUGCGGGACAUCAUUUGUUACAACUGCGUGUUCUACGACCACACAGUUUAUGCCAACAUUGUCUGCAAUGACGAUAUCAACAAGAGCAUCGUUGACGAUUCCGUCCUCUACGACUUCGCCUUCUGUGGCACCAUGGUCUGCAGCAGCGUGCUCUACAAUUUGCAUGCCUUACCAGCACUUGCUCAGCUACUGCAUCUGCUGCGGCUGCGCCUUUGGGGCAAACCUCCGUGCGAGAUAUACCACAGCUUCCACAACAUCCGGAUCGCCUACAACCUUUGGAAGGAACACUGUCGGAAGCGAUAUCAUCCUCAACGACAAGUACCAGCACCUUUCAAGGCUUGCACCACUGGCAUCGCUACCAAAAGACCAUCCAGCUCGAAGCCCCGGCUUGGCCUGCAGAAAAUCGGGAUUGUUUUUGAACCAGUGUGA